AAGAACCCGGACGUGGUUUGUCAACACCGCCUCUGAAGAACUAACUUUCUGACGCACCGUGACAUUACAACCCGGUUUAAUGAGUUAACGCGUUUCUAUGAUAAACCGCUGUUAUUCAGAACCGGAUCCAACAUGGCGGCGGUGGACGUGGAGGACGAGAGCAUCCUGGCGUCGAUCUUUAAGGACAGCUUCCCGGACAGCAGGAGGGACAACCCGGACUUCGCGGCCUACCUGUCCGAGCUGAGCUCCUUCGGGCUGGACAAGCUGGUCCGGGAGCCGGAGCGGCUGGCGGAGGAGCGGGCCCAGAUCCUGCAGCAGACCCGGGAGCUGGCCUUCUCCAACUACCAGACCUUCAUCCGGACCGCAGACUGCACCGAGCACAUCUACCGGGACUUCGGCCGGGUGGAGGGCAGCGUGUCCCGGCUGCUGGACAAGCUGCCCGGCUUCGGGGAGAGAUGCAGGGGGUUCAUGAAGGAGGCGGAGGAGAUCGGGGUCAGUCGCCGGAUGAACAGCCUCACGCUGAACCGUCACACCGAGAUCCUGGAGAUCCUGGAGAUCCCUCAGCUCAUGGACACCUGCGUCCGCAAUGGCUACUACGAGGAGGCUCUGGAGCUGGCGGCGUACGUCAAGAGGCUGGAGAGGAAGCACUCCUCGCUCCUCGUCAUCCAGAGUAUCGUGCGUGAAGUGCGUCAGUCAACUCAGCUGAUGCUCAACCAGCUGCUGCAGCAACUGCGCAGCAACUCGCAGCUUCCUGUCUGCCUGCGCGUGAUUGGCUACCUGCGGAGGAUGGACGUGUUCACGGAGGCGGAGCUGCGGGUGAAAUUCCUGCAGGCGCGCGGCACCUGGCUGCACUCCAUCCUCGCCGCCAUCCCUGAAGACGACCCCUACUUCCACAUCACCAAAACCAUCGAGGCCUGCAGAGUCCACCUCUUCGACAUCAUCACCCAGUACAGAGCCAUCUUCUCUGACGAGGACCCGCUGGUGCUCCCCGCCGGCGGACAGAUGGCGGUGAACGAGGGCGCCAUUUUCCACGGCUGGGUGGUGCAUAAGGUGUCUGAGUUCCUGGAGACUUUAGACAGGGACCUGCAGCGGGGCGUGGGGGGCCGUCUGGACUCCCUGCUGGGUCAGUGCAUGUACUUUGGCCUGUCCUUCAGCAGGGUUGGGGCGGACUUCCGCGGGCAGCUGGCGCCCAUGUUCCAGCACGUGGCGGCGGAGACGUUCCGCAAAGCCGUGCAGGAGGCGGUGGAGAAGUUCCAGGAGGACAUGAACCUGUACAUGCUCACCUCCCUGCCCUCGGUGCUGGGAGCGACCAUCCCCCCCGUGGCCCCCGGCACCCAGCCCGGCACCCUGCAGCCCCCGAUGACGCUGCUGGACUUCCAGCCGCUGGCCUGGUUCCUCAACAACAUCCUGACCGCCUUCAACGACCUCCGACUCUGCUGCCCCGUCGGACUGGCUCGUGACGUCACCACGUGUCUCGAAGACGGCCUCAAGAUGGUGACCCGUCAGAUUCUGGUGUUCCACCGGGCGGAGGAGUCGGCCUUCAGCAGCAGGGAGAAGGAGCUGUUCCUUCAGUUCUGCUGUUCGUACGCUGACGACCUGCUGCCGUUCCUCAACCGCUGUCUGCAGGUCCUGUUUCCUCCGGCUCAGCUCGCUCUCAUUCUGGGUGUUCCUCCGACUCAGCUGCACAGGUACGGCAGUUUGGGCUGCAUCGACCUCCCCGCGGUCCUCGAGCCUCUGCAGUUUGUGCUUCCACCAAGGGAGGUGCUACAGCCAGUACCAGAUGUCGACAUCGCCAGCGAACUGGGCAGCCUGACAUUUGAGACACAACUCAAAGAACCAGUAUCGGAUCCUGACGUCACCGUGGAGGCAGGACGUCCAGACCCGGCGUCAACCCGGUCCGGCCUUAUAGACUCUGAGCCGAGCGCUGAACUGACGGAGCUGAAGUCUGAGGAACGAGACGAAGAGUCGCUACAGGACGAAGACUUCUCUUUGGAGUAAUAAGUUGAUGGUGACUCUGGGAUCUGGUGAUGGAUGCGUCUUAUUUUGUGGACAUUUAAAUAAUAAAUUGAAAUUCCUCUCCUUCGCUGCUCCGACCCUUAAUUCAAGGUUUAGGACGGUCACUGUUGUCUGAGGCCAAAUCAACAGAAAUGGAUCAAACCACAGCAGCAGGAGAUCACCCGUGUGUUCGUCUACACAGGAAGCAUUUCAGUUUAAUCAUGGUUUCAAGUCUGUUUAUUUCCAUUUUACACUACAGUGAUUAACGCAGGUGAGGUAAAGCAAGAUAUUUUCACUCACCUUUUCAAGUGCCUUCGUGGAUGCAGGUUGUAGUCCCAACAAGUGUUCACAUUCCAGUCAAAGAAACAGCGCUUUAAAAAGGCUGACUGUGUUCAGACCAAAGAGAGCUCCAGGGUGUGUUUAGCCUAGCUUAGCACAAAGACUGCAAGCAGGGGGGAACUGCUAGCCUAGUUACAUGAAGAGGAAAAACAACUGCAAAAAAACUCCUAUUUUCUUUUUUUAAGAUCUAGAUUGAAGGAUAAUCUGAGAAUCAAAUGUGUUUAUGUAAGAGGGGUAAUAUAUUUAAAUAAAGUGAUUCAAUAAAAAGACAAUCUGCAACAGCUGAA